UUUAGGACAAUUUCUGGCAUAAACACUGACCUUGUAAGGGCCAUUAGUCCUCAUGGAUACCAAAACCUGAUCCCAAUGAGGAACUGGUAAAGUUUAGGGCUAAAAUUUUAGGGUUAGGGAUUAAGUGGUUAUCGUUAGGUUUUAGGGUAGAAUUCAGUGUAGGUCUAGGUUAGGUUUGUGGCAGCUGUUUAAAUGUGUGAAUGAUCAAAUGAGUAAAGGGUUAGGAGAUGCAUUAGGACGAUGAAUAUCCUCACAAUCGUUCAACAAAACCCCGAAAACUUGUGCAUGUGUGUGUGUGCAUGCAUGUGAGUGUGUGUGUGUGUGUGUGUGCCGCACAGGUGGGUGUGUUGAUAUGAUCAGUUUCUCACCUCAGAUCUAACAGCCAAACACACACAGGUGUGUCUCCAGUCACUCACUGUCUCUUGUCCACAUGAAUGUCCUGUUGCCUUGUUUUCCCCUUUCUUCUUAAAUGUAGGUAGAGCUUCAUUUAUGUUUGAGCUCACUCUGUGUUUCUCUCCCACUUGCUCCCUCUGUCCGUGUGUGUGUGUGUGCUAUGAGGGGAUACCAUUGUAACUGAAAGGGCACAACAAUGUCAAUCCCCCAUAAUGCAAUGCUCCUGCCAAAUCCAAACGGCAUGCCCCCAUUUCACACAGUCAAGGUGCAAACACACACACACACUAGGGACAGUUACCACAGAAGCCAGUGUGACUGAGACAAACAUGACUGAGGCGUCAAAGAGUCUAUUCUACCUUCCUAUUAUCUAUCUGUGGACCGGAGGGGUGAAAGGUCACGUCCUGGCAUCGCUGGGUCCCCCGGUCCACUUGACAGGGGAAAGGCUCGGUUGGACUCUGCUGGUUUGUAUGGUCAGCGACUUCCGGCGGGGUCACCUGGAGGUCAGCUGGAGGUCACCGUCAGAGGACCUGGCGCAGACUGCGCCGAACAGCGUGGCUCUCAGCAGGAGGCGCCGCGGCCACGGCCCCGUGUCCAUAAUCACGGUGGUGACCAGGGACUGGCCGUCGUACAGCUGCUCUGUGACUAAGAGACGACGUCCAAAGGUCAACAGGCGACACCACAUCACCUCGUCAGGUCAUGAAGGCAAGGUUUGCUUUGAAGAGAAAGAGAUAAACGAUGUUGUCAUGUGGACGAACACGGUGGUCGUCCUGUCAAUGAGGCUGCUCCUCAUGAAGAUCGUGGUCUUCAACACUCUGAUGACGACGUACGCAGUUAUUAAGUGACGGAGAGCCUCUGACAUGGAACACGAGACACAUGAGGGAAUUGAGGAUGAUGAUGCUCCUACUGUCCCACAGUGAAAUACUCUAAAUCGCGCCAUUUUCAGAGCCGUCGACACACACCGACAUGAUGCCAGGUGUGAUACAGCGCUGGCUGUGGCAGUUUGAGAAGCUAACGUUGGAAUCUGUUCAAAACCUAACCUCAGACAAAUGGGUUACAAAUACAACGUUGUCUAUUGUAUGUACAGCAUGUUUGUGUUUGUGUGUGUGAGUUUGUACAGCAUGGCCACUAAUCUUUACUGAAAAUUGAGAGUGUAAACACGGCUUACGGUAAUUGAACGUUUAUAAAAAUGUUUUUUUAUUCUUUGUUAGAGUAACUGUAACAAAACCCAAUUUCACACGGGGAUUACAUUUCUCAGGGAUUAGAUUCUCACAUACUUUUUCCUGUGAAGGUUUUACACCAGCGGUGUCAAACUGGUGGCCCCCCAAUCGAUUACAUGUGGCCCACCACUUAAUG